AUGAGAAAAGCUAGAAAUAGGAAUGAAACGGAACAGCAGAAGGGAGAUCGAGUGAUCAGUAUGCAGACAUUUGGGAUUGUUUAUUUUGAUUUGUUUACAUCACCAGCCAUGCUCUGUGUUGGAUGCAUGUGCACGCGG